UUUUUUUUUUUGAAACGUUUCUCUCAUUUCUUUGCCUUUUUUUUGUUUUAGCGUUUUCCCCUAUAUCACUUCAUACCCAUUUCACAAUAACGAAAAACGGCUAGGUUUUCGUCAAUAUUUUAUAACAGCAACCCUUAGAUACAGCGAUUAAUUUUAUUUAAAAGAAAAGAAGCGGCAGAACCAACAAAAUACAGAAAUGGCAUUAGGACUUUACAGUUAUUACAGCAUUGCUACAACAUGCGUGUUGACCAUUGUUGGACUAUAUAUGUUAUUUACCGGAUCUGGUGAACAGUUUAAUCCUGGUAAAGUGCUUCAAGAAACCUCACCUUAUGCUUGGGCCCUGACUGGUAUGGGUUUAUGUAUUGGUUUAUCUGUUGCAGGUGCUGCUUGGGGUAUCUUUAUUACAGGUUCUGCAUUAUUGGGUGGUGCAGUGAAAGCACCUCGUAUCCAAAGUAGAAAUCUAAUUUCUAUUAUUUUCUGUGAAGUGGUUGCUAUUUACGGUGUCAUCAUGGCCAUUGUUUAUUCAGCCAAGUUAGCAGAUGUGCCUCCUGAAAACCUUUAUACCACGUCCAACUAUUUCACUGGACAUGCUAUCUUUUGGGGUGGUUUAACGGUUGGUGUUUGCAACCUAUUAUGUGGUCUUUCGGUUGGCGUUACCGGAUCCAGUGCUGCUCUGGCUGAUGCUCAGAAUCCCGAAUUGUUUGUAAAGGUUUUGGUUGUUGAAAUUUUCGGUUCUGUUCUUGGUCUUUUCGGUCUUAUCGUUGGGCUCUUGACAACUGGUAAAGCCGCAGAUUUCCAUUAGAUAAAAGGAAUAAGGGGUUCUCCACUCUGUGGAAUAUGCAAAAACAUAAAAUAAACAUAUUCUUCUUCACCUAUAAACACGUCAUAUAUACAUGCACAUUCACACCAUUCAGAAAUCCUGAAUAACACACAUACUAAUAUAUACAGAGGGCGAUAAAAAGAAAGAAAAGCAGAAUACCUAUUGCUUUACAAACACUCAAAAUAAGUUGUAUUGAAGGGGCAACCUGAGCAACUCACAAAAAAAAAAAAAAAAAAAAAAUGUUCACCUGCUU